AGGAUGAACGCGGAGCAGGUGGCGAUUAUGUUCAUGGCCUUUGCAUACUUCGGUAUCCGCUACGAUCAACUCUUUGGGGUUCUCACCAAUCGUGCGGUGGAGCUUAUUGAUGAGUUUAAUGCGCAAUUUAUCAGCACAACUCUUAACGCCUUUCAGCGCAUUGGUAUUAACAACCCGGAGCUCUUUGAUAACUUGGCUGAGCGGGCCCUUGCGGUGGUGCAAGACCACGACGCACGUGACAUAUCCAAAACCGUCACGGCACUUGCCCACUUUGGUUUGAAGGAUGAGGAACUUUUCAAACGCCUCGCCUCCCACGCCGCGAGUAUCGCCGACCAGUUCGAUGCAUUGGGGCUUGUGAAUACCGCCCAUGCCUUUGCACGAACGAACUUUUUACAGCAGGAUAUGGCGGUAGCGUUGUCAGAGCGUAGCGUAUACGUGUGCCGCCAAAUUGACGCAGGUGAGGCACGCCGACUGCUUUGGUCCCUUGCGAAGUUUCAAGUGCGGGAUCCGAAGAUUUUAACCCCCGUCUUUAACCGUUGCCUGGCGUUGCAUCAGGAUUUCUUUUCCGACCCUACCGGUAGCGAGGAAAUUGAGGAGAUAUUUGACAUCUACGGCCCAAACUUCUGCCCACCGCUUUAUCAAUUGUACGUUUCGCGUGGUACCGCACCGCAGAUGUGA